UACGUGCGAAACGGUAAACAUAGCGGAAUUCAAAAUGGCCCCUGUGCGGGAUAUGGUUUUGUCUUGCCUUUCCAAAGCAAAAAUAUUAAAAUGGCAUGUCAAACCAAGCGAAGUUGUGAAAAAAGAAAAGGUUUUAGCUACCUAUAUAUUUACGGAGAAGAUAACUGACUCCGAAAACUUCAUUGUUCAAAGAAAAUUAAAAGCUAAGUUUAAUGGAAAAGUGGUGGAAAUGACUGUUAAUCCCAAUGAGGAAGUUUCAAGAGGGCAGGUUGUAAUUCGACUUCAGGAAGAAACAUGUGUACACAGUACAAUAAUGAAGGAUAUGUGUUGUGACUGUGGUGCUGAUUUAAGAAAGGAACCGGGAAUACCUGGAGAUCUUAAUGUAGCAACAUCGGCUUCCGUACCAGUAGUUCACAAUAUUUUGGAACUGAAAGUUAGUAAAGAGGAGGCUGAAAGGCUAGCACGUCUUGACGAAAAACAGUUAUUAAAAGCGCGAAAAUUAGUACUUGUUGUUGAUCUCGACAUGACACUUAUUCAUACCACCAUUGCGAAAGUUCACAAAGAUUCCGAGGACAUUUUUUCAUUUACAUUACCUGGACACCAGUACGAGUACCAUACCAAGUUGCGACCUGGUGCGCGAAAGUUUCUUGAAAGUAUAUCGAAGUUCUACGAGCUGCACAUAUUCACAAUGGGUUCCAGAAUGUACGCGCACACAGUUGCAAAGUGUCUGGACCCAGAUGGGAAGUUUUUCGCGCAUCGUAUACGAUCUCGAGAUGAAUUCUUAAACAGUUACUCCAAAUUUCACGACCUAAAAGCAUUAUUUCCUUGUGGCGACCAUAUGGUGUGCAUCAUCGACGACCGUGAAGAUGUUUGGCAUUUUGCACCAAAUCUAAUCGUUGUUAAGCCGUACAAGUAUUUUAAAGGAACGGAUGACGUAAACAACCCGUUUGCGACUGAAACAAAAACGAGUACGAUCGAAACAGAUACAAACAGCGGAACAGAUGACAUCGAAAAAACCGACAAAAAUACAAAAUACAUCCAGGUAAAAGGGAACGAAAAUUUGAAAGAAGGUAAAAAUGCGGCUACCGUAAACAAUGAUUGUAAAGAUAGUGCGAAGGAGAACGGUGUCGCAGUUAGAGAGGGAGAAAAGGCUAGUUCAAAUCCAACGCCAGGUAAUUCUUGUACAGAAGCUACUGCCUCGAAUGCGACUGAAUCCACUUCAAACAAUGGUGCAAAUUCAACUCAAGUGGCAAACGACGCGAGCAGUAAAGAAGGAGAAAAAGGUGGAGAAAUCACCGCUGAAAACACACAGGGGCGUGUCGAUUUGGACGACUUUCUCUUCUACUUAGAUGAAAUCCUGGAGCGUGUUCAUUUUUCCUUUUAUUCUACCCUAGACGCUGUAAAAGCAAAGGGAGGUAGCGCUAAAAACGAUGCAGACGUUACAAAGUUUUGUACACCAAACACUCUUAACCCUGACAGUAGAGUAAUUUUGCCAGAACUUCGCAGACAAACGUUAAAGGGUUGUAACCUUGUUUUCACCGGAGUAGUGCCUACAAAUGUCUCUCUGGAGAAGAGUAAGGCAUGGAGGAUUGCAAUAAGUUUGGGUGCUCGCGUCACUAACGAAAUCGUGGCAAGGAAGAAUGCAACUGAUAACGGUUUGUUUACAACGCAUGUUGUUGCUGCUCGUCACGGUACACAGAAAGCUCACAAAGCCUCGAGGACAAAAGAUAUAUUUUUAGUCAACCCUAACUGGCUGUGGUGCGCUAGUGAAAGGUGGGAGUGGCCUGAGGAGGGUAUUUUUCCCGUUCCAAUUUUAGAUGAUAAAAAAUCGCCGGUGCCGUCUAGGCAAAGUACGCCGCAGCACAAUUCGUUUGAACAGAAAAGUAAAAAACAGAUCUCUCCUUUAGUUGGAGAUGGCUUUGAGUUGGCCGGUGGUUAUGACCCGGAUAACUUUCUUGAGAAAUUAAAUCCACUUUCUGCCUUCUCAAAACAGGAACUGGAUGCUAUGGAUAAAGAGGUUGAAGAGUUAAUGAGUGGAAACAACAGCGAAGAUGAUGAUGCUGAUAAAAGUUUGGGAAGUGUGUCCAGUGAUGAAAAUAGUUUAAAGGGGUCGCAAAAACGAAAAAAGGUUGCAUCCAGCGAUGAUGGUGACUCAAUUUUAGAUGAGCAAGAAAAUUUGAAAAAAAAACUUUUAAAAUCUGUAAAAAAAUUAAAGCAAAAUGAACAAAACAGCCGUUCGUCGUCAUCAUCAUCGUCCAGUGAUGACGGAAGCGAUAACGACGACGGUGACGAAAAUAAAAAGUCGGACAAUUCGAGUGAAGAUUCAACUAGUUCUAACGGAAGCUCAUCUAGUAAUUCUGAUGAUAACUCAGAAGACGAACAGCAGAUGGGCUCUCUACUUGAAAGGCAUUUGAGCGAGGCUUCCUAGCAACCUAAAUUUCGUCUGUCUACUCUUACAGAAUCUUCAAAAUAACCUGUGUUGUUGGUUUCAAACGUUUCCGUGUUUGUCCAUAGUGUUAAUUAAAUUUUUUUGCAAUCAAAUUUGAACAUAAAUGUGGAUGUCUUAUAAAAAG